AUGAGCAACGACGACGUGUGGGGGCUCGUACAAGGGCAAUACGACGCUGCAGCCCUCGGGAAGAUCCUCGUCGGCAAGUCCAUCGCGCUCAUGGAAAUGGACGGAUGGACCCCGCUGCACUAUGCCUGCGACAACCGCUCGGUCUCCAGCCUGCAGCCUCUCCUGGCAGCCGGAGCCAGCGUCCACGCCGUCGACGAGACAGGUCACACGCCCCUGCAUUUGCUCUGCAAGAACAACGAAAUCAAUGCGAUGGCACUCGGCGAGCUGAUUCGAGCUGGCGCUUCGGUCAAUGCCACGUCCACGGACGACAAGAAGUCGACACCUUUGCACUUUUUAUGCAUGAACGAGAACGUCAGCGCAGCACUCUUGCAGGUGAUGCUCUCGGCACCGGGUGGCAAUUUUGUGAACGCGAUGGACGGUGACGGCAACUCGGCGCUGCACUACCUGGCGUCAAACCAAGCGCUGCAAGACGACAUGCUCUUACUCGCGCUGCGAGCAACGCCACCUGCUAGCGGCAUGAUGACCCAGAACCACUUCAAGGCAACCGCGCUCCAUUACCUAUGCCAAAACGCGAAAGUCUCCCCGGCAAUGCUGCAUGCAAUGCUUCAUCAACCAGGCGUCAACCCAAAUACGCAAGACAACAUUGGCAACUCGCCCCUGCACGUACUGUGCGAAAACAGUCGCGUGACUGUUGCCCUGCUGCGCGAGUUUAUGGCCGCGGACGUACCAGCGACUAACACGACGCUGGUCAACACGUCUGGGAAGAGACCGUUUGAUGCGUUGGCUGCCGAAGAUUGCAUCGCGUACGGACAAGCUUUUGCUCCACAGCACGAAGUAUUCCAGUCUGCAUCGUCGACACCCGGAGGCGAAGAUACGGCAGAGCUGACUGGUCCGCUCCUCGCCAAGGUGAUGGCGUGGAAUGCAACUCUGCCGCCCUUUGACGACGCGUUUUACGUCGCAGUCUCGUGCGAACCUGCAUUUGAAGCCACGUAUGAACAAGUGCAAGAGCUUUCCGUGGCGCUCCAUAGCGCAGCGACGACGCUCACCGCAUGGGAAGCCAAGAUGGCCGAGUGGCGGCAAUGCGUCGUUCUGGCCUUCGUUGCGCUGGUGCAUCCAUCCAUGUGGGCGACGUACGCAGAGUCUUUCCAUCGCCCGCUACCUCUAGAUGUUGUCAAGCUUCGACCCGCCGUCGAGGUCAUCUGGCAACGGUCGCCCACGGACCGUCGCGAGCGCUUUGGCGCGGUCCGCGACCUUUUGCGCUGA